CGAGGGUUCAGUGUCAUAGAACUUCCGACGCCAACGCCGGCAACGGGAAUUUUCGCCCCAAAGCAGUUUCGCGUUUAACGUUUAACGGCGCGCCCGUCGUUCAUCAAAGCGGCGUCGAAGUAGUCGCAGUCGCAUCGCAGCAAAAUACAAAAAAGCAACCGUAAGAAGACCGAUAGUUUCCACCUGAAGAAAAUACUGCAAUCUGUCUUAGCCGGAGAGAAGGAGAAUCGGUGGAUGAGGAACAGACGGAGGACAAGCCAAAAUCCAGAUUUAGAAAAAAUAAUCUGAAUCCAGCACGAACCGGCAACGGCGGUGUGUUUGUGGUCCAUACGCCAUGAGUUCAUUCAUCGAGCUGCUGGGACUGUUUCUGCUGCUGAUGUUGCCCUUCCUGUACGAGACGAAUCACAUUUUUCGCUAUUAUUUCAAAUUCCUAAUCUACUACGGCAUCGUGUCGUUCAACUCGAUCGUACUCAUACCGGCCUUCCUCACACGCCCCUGCGAUGUGCGCAACCUGCUAUGGGCCAGCACUUGGUGUCAUCGCGUGACAGCGCUGAUUGGGCUGCGCUGGGAGCUGCGUGGCAAGGAGCAUCUGGCCAAGGAUCAGGCCUGCAUCAUUGUAGCCAAUCAUCAGAGCUCGUUGGAUGUGCUGGGAAUGUUUAACAUUUGGCAUGUGAUGAACAAGUGCACCGUGGUGGCCAAGAGAGAGCUUUUCUACGCCUGGCCGUUUGGAUUGGCCGCUUGGCUGGCCGGACUCAUAUUCAUCGAUCGGGUGAGGGGGGAGAAGGCGCGUGAGACCCUGAAUGAGGUGAAUCGACGCAUUAAAAAGCAGCGCAUCAAGCUGUGGGUAUUCCCAGAGGGAACGCGUCGCAACACAGGCGAUAUGCAUCCCUUCAAGAAGGGUGCCUUCCACAUGGCCAUUGAGGAGCAGAUACCCAUACUGCCCGUGGUCUUUAGCUCCUACUGCACAUUUCUGGACGACAAGAAGAAGAUACUCAACGCUGGACGGAUAGUUAUCACCACACUGCCGCCGGUCAGCACAGAAGGCCUGACCAAGGACGACAUUGAUCCGCUAAUGGAGCGUGUACGUUCCCAGAUGAUUGAAACACACACACACACACACCAUAAAUACAUCCAAGUAGAUAAUUAUGCAAGGCUUUUUCAGGCACCAGGAUUAGGACUAUUAGUAGGAGCAGGAAUAACCAAAUUGCAAGUCAACAACGACUGUCAGACAUAAUAUUAUUCUUUGCGCCAAACCAAAUUCAACACAUGACGUCAAGACACAGAUUAAAGUAUCUAAUUCCACAUACUCGUACAUAAAGGAAAAAUACUGAACAACAAUCCAAUCCCACAAGUCUUGCUUCUAAUGAGCACGCUAGCAUUUUCUACCAUAAAAACUCAAAACAUUAAUAGGAAACCAGAUCGGGUGUUUUACACAUCAGAUAAUAUUCAACACGACCUCGUAAAUAAUUAUUGACACUAUUGCUCAAGCGGAGACCGAUUUCUUCGCUUUCAGCGAAGAGAUGAAAUGUGCUCUGCUCUUUGAGAGUGUGAGUUGGUACAGUGAGCAGAACGCAAAUGGAACUCUGCGAUCCGUGUUGUAUCCAAACCAUUGAAUUAUUCCAUUCAAUGGGACAAAAAUAGAGCCAACGAAAAUUGAUACGCAAUUUUGUUACCAAAACCAAAGAAAAUUGUUUUAAUAUUUUUUCAUUGUUUUUUAUCCGAUCGUUUUCAAAUGUUAGAAAAAAUAUAUGUGCGCAUGAUUGUAAUAAAUUAGUUGACACUAUCUUCAAACAUGUUCAAUAAGAAUGAUCUGUGUAAACGUUUAAGUACUGUUUUGUAUCAGUUUGUGUUGAUCUUGUUCUUGUGAUUGAAACUUAUUUCAUAUGCCAAGUACUUUAAGUUGAAAUUUCAACAUAUUUAGAUGAUUCCCUCCUUAUUCUCGCACCUCAUAGGAGCAAUGUGACUAGCUCCGAAGGGUGUGAAAUAGAUUCAUAAAAUAGAAUUAAACUUAAUUGUAUUAAAAUGUUAUUUUUUGAAAGAUA